AUCGGUCGCUGGAUAGAACGGCGAACGAGGGUCCGUAGGGUUUUUGGAUUGAAGUUCGACGUGAAGGUAGAGCAGAGAGUUAGCAAGGUGAUGGUGAGAGCAUUCUUGCUGCAGAGGGGGAUGGCGACCGUUGUGGCAUCCGGGGUCGAAUUGUUGCGUCAGCAGAAGGUUGCUUUGCGGACCGUAAUGAAGCGGAAUCUUCGAAAUUUUCCUCUCGAAUUGCGUCAGGAAGAAGAUAUCGCAAUCCAGAACCAUGUGUUAUCUGCCGACUGGUUCAAGCAGAGCAAUUCACUUUGUGCCUAUCUGAGUUGUGCGUCACUGCGGGAAGUCGACACAAAUCAGAUUGUAGCGAGUGUCUUGCAGAAGAGCGACCCUGAGAUGGCGAAGGAGCUCUACGUUCCACGAGUUUUAGAUCGUGAAGCUAACAUGGCCAUGCUGCACGUCUCCAGUACAGCAGACCUUACCACGAAUUCAAUGGGCAUCGUGGAACCAGACUUCACAGACUCUGAUGGCAAGCCUCGAAAAAGCGUGUUGGAAGCAACCGAACCAGUUGACUUGCUGCUAUUGCCCGGACUCAUCUUCGAUCGUUCAGGGCGACGGUGCGGUCGUGGAGGAGGGUAUUAUGAUGUUUUUCUCCAAAAGUAUCUGCAGCUAGUGAAAGAUAAAAACUGGAAGCAACCCCUUCUUGUGGCUAUCGCCUAUUCGGUACAAGUAGUGGAAGAUCCUGUACCUGUGGGUGAAACAGAUAUUCCUGUUGAUGCGCUUGUUUUGUCGAGUGGCGUGCUGCCGAUUUCGCCUUUUGCACAGAAGCACAUGAAUAUAUCUCAAAUUUAGACUUAAGUCUCUGGAUUUCAUCGACAGCCAGCAGUUCUUUGGCAGAUUCUUGGAACACUCAGUAUCGGACUGAGCGACGCGACUUCUUCAGGUGUCCUUUGAAGUCCUUUUGGAGCUGAGUGAGCAGUAAAUUAUAUCUCACUUUGGUGAAUGUUGUGUAGAUGAGCGGCGCAUUUUAGUGUAAAGUGAACUUGACAUCCAAGUUUUUCCAGUUCCUUCCAUAUUUCAGUCCAGGAUCCAAGAAGCAGAGAUUCCUGCUUAGGGUCUGUUUGUAAAAGUUCCACUAGCUUUUGCAGUCAUGCAAAGAGCAGUACAAAGUUUUCCGGGCCUAGUAUACAAGACUUAUCAGUGGACACUGAGCAAGGUGCAGGCAAAGCUUUGCCACGGGAACUGGCAUCGAAGAGUUUAUUUCUUUGCUUUCCGGAGCCCAAAUAUAUUUCCAUUGGAGUUAUCCAUUCUGACUUGCAGAUUUUAUUCUCCCCUCCAAAUUUUCAAAUGAUUUUUCAUUGACGGUUUAGUAAAACUUUUAAACCAACGCUUCCACAGAUU